CCAUCUGUAGGAUAGAGCUUGUUGCAUGUUAUUUUAUUUUUUUGACAGAUCUUUUCUCCAUUGAAAAUGCUGUUUAAUUGACGCCAAAAUGUUUCAUGGAAACAUGUCAGUUUCAAGGAAAUUUUCAUCAGGAACGUGUUCCAGGUCCAAGAUACAAUUUCUAGUAUAUAUAUGUAUAUGUGUGAGUGAGAGAUACAGAUAUCCUUCCCUCUAAUGAAGUGUUUUUUUCCUCUUUAACACCUGGCUAUAGCACAGUCUCAUCAACAGCUUGGCCUAUCCUCAGUUACUCGGUGGGCUGAAAUUAACCUAACAUAUUAACAUGUUUGCUUUUCUCUAAUUUUACACUUCAGAAACAGCUGUUGAGACUGGCAGCCACUUGGCCUCCUCAAUCCCGGCAGUGCCUAUUGCCCAGCAUUAGUGUAAUCAUUAGCGCUUUAAUGGCAGCAUUAUCUCCUGCUAAAAGGGUCACCACAACUCAAGGCAGAGCUUCUGCCAAGUGAAAACAGGCUACAGGUGAAAUGAGAUGGAAACUGCAAAGUGUUGCUUCUAUCUUAACCCUCCUAAAGACCUGUUGACACUGUGCAGAGAGGAUUGAAUGUGCCUAGGCUGCAAAAAUUUUGGCCAGGGCGUUGCUGAGAAGGUGGAGCUCUGAUUAACUCCUGUAUUGUUCGGACAAAUCAAAGGAUAUAAAUACAGCGAAAGGAGGAUGGGGGAGUCACUAUAAAGCAACUCUUGCCCCUCCAAGCAGACCUCACUUCUUCUCCUGCUGCCACCUAGUUAGCUUUCCUAGGUCUCACCCCUCUAGUCAUGGCUCUCUGGAUCCAAUCACUGCCUCUCCUGGCCCUCCUUGCUCUUUCCGGCCUCACGAUCAGCCAUGCUGCUGCCAACCAGCACCUCUGCGGCUCACACCUAGUGGAGGCCCUCUAUCUGGUGUGCGGAGAACGCGGCUUCUUCUACUCUCCCAAAGCCCGACGGGACCUCGAGCAGCCCCUAGCGAAUGGCCAUCUGCAGAAUGCGGUGGAAGAACUGCCAUUCCAACAACAGGAAUACCAGCAAGAGAAGAGGGGAAUUGUUGAGCAAUGUUGCCAUAGCACCUGCUCCCUGUACCAGCUGGAAAACUACUGCAAUUAGAAGAGACAAAGAUGGAGGGGAGUGUGUGUGUGUGUGUGUGUGUGAGUGAGAGAGAGGCACUUUUGGUAUUGCACCUUUAAAGCAAUUGAAUAAAAACGCUGUGAAUCUA